CAGCUUUUUAUGUUUUUUAUUUAUCUCACAGCGGAACCGUGUGUCCUAUCGUAACUCCUGGUCUGAUAAAGAAGAGUUCCGCUUACCGAUAACGAAUCGGUUGGGAAGAGGGGUUUGCCUGAUAAACGGGCGGCUAAAUUCGACUUCAUUUUUUUACAUUGACGAAAGAAAGAACCUUGGGCAUGGCUGAUUUCGGUUUAUCGUCCACUUUUUGGGGGCAUGUUUCUCCAUUCCACCCACCCCAGGCACAUUCCUAAGCAUAUGAAGCUAAUGAGCAGCAAUGUGAGCGCGAGAUCUAUAAUUGUUCGUCGAUAUGAUAUGGUGCGUGGUGCGUUUGCUUAAACUUUUCCAUCCUCUCAACGCACUAUUGUUAUUCCACUUGGCUCUGAGCUCGCUGGUUUCGAGCUCAAACAUCGUUCCGUUUAAGGUCACACUUGGGGGGAGCCCUUGUCCGCCCAACAAACCGUGCGCUAAAUGGGUAAGCAAGCGGGGAGGUGUAACGAAAUUUUAAAGUAAGAAGAAACAAGCAUCCAUCCAUCCAUCGCUGGUGCUGGUUUGGCAUCGCAGUCUGCAGAAAAAAACAGAAGAAGAAGAAUAAGGGGCCGGUCCCGGUGUUGUGUACAAUUUGCAUAUUCAAUCAUCGGUCUAUUAUCAUACGCCGACUCUACGUCAAUUGUCGAAGUUAUUUUUCGCAAGCGGUUUAUCGAAUAUAGAAUAAUAUUGUUUUGGAGCGACCGUCCCCGGUGGGAUGACGAAAGGUGAUGAUGACACGAGGUGCUAAACCAAACCAUUGAUAUCACACUAUCUUUCUAGGUCAAAUGGUAUAUACAACUUCAAGAUCACCUGCAAGAACAAAAAGACUUAUUUUAGUGUUUUCUCCAAGCGACUUCUUUUGUUUCAAUACUGAUUCUGAUAAAGCCGAGUCUCGUGAUGUACCGCUGACCCUUUCAAGAUUUAUUACAUCCUGCAUAUUAAACAUGUCUGCAAAAGGUCCAAUCGAAAAUACACAAUGCGCUUGCAACACUUGCACUUGUCUGGCUCCACUGUUUGUGUCACGCCGACUCCCCGCGCAUAUGAUCGAUUUACGCGUAUGCGCACAUCAAACAACGAAUCUUCGGCUGUCGUCUACGGAACUGUACGACGUGAUCUGCUUCCGUAACUAACGCAGCACGCCACGCUCUCUCUGCAAACGCGUGUCUCUCUGCUUCCAUCUGGUGAUGAUAAAAGUCGUGCGCGGCGUGGUGUUUUCCGGGUUCUUGUCAUCUCUUGAGCGCACGCCCAAACAAAGGGCUACUCAUACUUAGUUGGGUGGUGUCCCUCCGUACCCGGUUUGAUAUAAAACCGUCGAUCCCAACCGACUACUUGCAGCAUUCUUCUUGCAGCUUCGCCAUCGAAGCUACACCCCGACACGAAAAAGCGGACAGGAUCUUAACGGAAGCGAUCGUUUUGGUGGAUCGACCAUUCUUCUCUUCACCAUGAUCAGUGUAAACGCGCUCGCGUGCUGCCUAGUGGGCAUUUGGUUCCUUACGCUGGGCGCGCACACCAUCGAAGGAAAAGAUUUGCCCACCAGCUUCGAGAAGUGCCACCGAAACGAUCCCCAGUUCGAUCAGUGUCUGCGGAGUGCGGUUAACGGUGCGAUACGGCUGCUGAAGGAUGGGCUGCCCGACUUUGGCAUCCUGCCGCUGGAACCGCUCGCCGUCGAUUCGCUGGUCAUUGAGCAGGGUGAACCAUCGUCGCCGAUCAAGCUGAAGCAACAUUUCACCAACGUUCGGUUAAGUCAUCUUACCGAAUCGACCAUCCUGAAGUAUCGAACGGAUCUCAAAAAACUCAUCAUCAAGGCGGAAGCGAUCACGCCGCAGGUAGAAUUUGCCGGCAACUAUACGAUGGACGGACGGAUACUGGUGCUACCGAUCACGGGCAAAGGGUUGGCCAACAUUACGCUGCACCGGUUGAAGACACACCACGAGCUGAUUGGCGAGCUGGUGGAGCGGAACGGUGAGCAGUACAUGCACAUACGAAAGUAUUUGGUGCACUUUGAGCCAAAGCUGGUCACGUUUCAGUUUGGGAAUCUUUUCAACGGCGAUGAAAGGCUCGGGAAAACCAUGCACCAAGUGCUGAACGAUAACUGGGAGGUCGUGUUCCGGGAGCUGCGCAGCUCGUACGAGGACACGUUUGGGUACAUCUUCAAAAAGAUUUCCAAUCAAAUCUUCCUAAAGGUACCGAUGAAUAAAAUAUUCCCGCAGUAGUAGUUAGUAAAGCGUUA